AUGACGCAGGUCAUCUGCCACGAUCUUAAUGAGGUCUGGGACGACAUCAGCGAAUUCCUGGAUCAAGAAAAUUUUCGGAUUGGCGAGGUCAGCCGAUUGGCAUUCUCGCCACUUGAAACACCAACGGUCGGUAUGCUCACUCGAGCGCCGCGAGUUCACGAUCAGCUCGUUCGUGAGCCACCGAUCACGUUGGCCAUGCCACCACCGGCGCUACCUGGCGCCACAUUCGCCCCAGCAGCAGCGCCAAAUCUACAACCGACUACAUCCACUGUUAUUCCCAGCUAUUAUUCUGCUCCACCACAGCCAACGGUGGCUCCGGCACAGGUACAACACCCACAGCCACCACCACUUCCCAUUAAGGAAGAAUCACCACCAUCUAGUCCCGAGAUACCGUAUCCGUACAUUGACGCCAGUUAUUCACGAAGUCCACUCGCCAACAGCUUGCCUGAUUUGAAUUUACCGAAUCAACGAAAUCGGAAAACCAGCAGGUGA